CUAACCAAAAAAGGGGGACAAAAGAAAAGUUCCAAGAUUUUCCUGGAAAAAUUUUUCUUCUCCGCAACCGUUACAGGUAGAGAGAGGGGAAGCGAAAAUCUCUGAAAAAGUUUUCCGGGGAAUUUUUCUAGGGCUUUGAGCGACCCAGGAAAAGAAAGGAAAUAGGUUUCAGGGUUCCUCUUUUUUUUUGGGUUGCUUCGAUUUUCUCUUUGGCAAGUGUUGAUGAUUCGAAGUUCCAUUCAUCUUUCCAGUAGUUUUUUGAUUCCGUAAAUCGGUGAAAUCUUCUGAUGAUUUGAAGUUUUUUUGACAGGUUGGAGAUUGUUCAUGUUUGGUUUGAUACGUUUGAUUUACGGGUAUGGGUCCGAAUGUUCGAAGGGAAUUCGUCGAUCCUUAAAGAACGGGGAUCUCUGUGUCAGCUGUCAUAAUCUGGAGUCUACUGUAUUCUUUUGGCUCCAAGACAUCUGAGGACUUUAUCCCACUCUUUGAUCCGUGUUUCGGGGUGUUUAUCUCGAGUCCUUUGUACAAUAUUCUAUAUGGAACAGUUCAGACAAAUCGGAGAGGUACUCGGGAGUCUGAAUGCGCUUAUGGUAUUGCAAGACGACAUCCUGAUCAACCAAAGGCAGUGUUGUUUGCUGUUGGAGGUCUUCAGUUAUGCUUUCAACACGGUCGCUGAAGAGAUCAGACAGAACCUGAAGCUUGAAGAGAAGCACACCAAAUGGAGAGCCCUUGAACAGCCAUUGAGGGAGCUCUAUCGGGUUUUCAAAGAAGGAGAGUUGUAUGUUCGGUAUUGUAUGGACACCAAAGGUUGGUGGGCCAAAGUGAUGAACCUUGCCCAGAACAAAGACUGUGUCGAGUUUCACAUACACAACUUGCUUUGUUAUUUCCCCGCAGUGAUAGAAGCCAUUGAGACAGCUGGGGAGAUAUCGGGCCUUGACCCUUCCGAGAUGCAGAGAAGGAGAGUUGUCUUCUCUAGAAAGUAUGACAAAGAGUGGAAUGACCCUAAGCUUUUCCAAUGGAGAUUUGGAAAGCAGUAUCUUGUGCCAAAGGAGAUUUGCAGCCGGUUUGAACAUUCAUGGAGAGAAGAUCGGUGGAAUUUGGUGGAGGCAUUACAAGAGAAGAGAAAGUCAGACAGCAUGGAUGUAAGCAAUAACGAGGCCCGUCUAGCUGAUUUGCUUCUGAAGAAAUUAACCGGAUUUGAUCCAUUCCAUGGGAAGCUCUUCCCGAGUUCAGUACUGGUCGGGUCAAAGGAUUACCAAGUGAGGCGGCGGUUUGGUCCAGGCGGCCAGUACAAGGAGAUUCAAUGGCUCGGAGACAGUUUUACCGUGAGACAUUUUUUCGGGGAUCUUGAAUCAUUAGGCUCAGAAAUUUCCUCUCUGUUAUUGCUUUGCCACCCGAAUAUACUUCAGUACCUCUGUGGAUUCUAUGAUGAAGAAAGGAAAGAAUGUUUUCUGGUCAUGGAGUUGAUGCACAAGGAUUUGCUGAGCUACAUGAAGGAAAACUGCGGGCCCAGAAGGAGAUAUCUAUUCUCCAUUCCUGUCGUGAUUGAUAUCAUGCUUCAAAUUGCCCGGGGGAUGGAGUAUCUCCAUUCGAACGAUAUCCUCCAUGGAGAUCUGAACCCUACCAACAUUCUUUUGAAAGAGAGGAGUCACACUGAAGGUUAUUUCCAUGCCAAAAUUUCUGGGUUUGGUUUAUCUUCCGUCAAAGCGCGGCCUUUGGCAAGACCAAGCACACCAGAUCCUGUAAUUUGGUAUGCACCCGAAGUUCUCACAGAGCUUGAGCAAGACCCAGAUGGUAUCCCGAAAUCGAAGUUCACUCAUAAAGCUGAUGUGUAUAGCUUUGCAAUGGUGUGUUUUGAGCUCAUAACGGGUAAAGUUCCGUUUGAGGAUGGUCACCUUCAAGGUGACAAAAUGACAAAGAACAUUAGGAUGGGAGAGAGGCCUCUCUUCCCCUUCCCUUCACCAAAGUAUCUCGUGAGUCUAAUAAAAAGAUGUUGGCAUUCGGACCCUAGUCAGCGUCCGACUUUCUCUUCCAUAUGCCGUAUCCUACGCUACAUCAAGAAGUUCCUAGUCGUGAACCCCGAUCAUGGGCACCCUCAAAUGCAAAACCCACUUGUUGAUUGCUGGGACUUGGAAGCAAGAUUCUUAAGGAAGUUCCCGGUAGAGGGGCACGUAACACCGGUGAGCCAGAUCCCGUUCCAGAUUUUCGCUUACAGGAUUGCGGAGAAAGAGAAGACGAGCUCAAGCUCUAAAGAAGGCAAUUCAGAAACAAGUGAAACUUCUGAAAGCGUUUCGGUGGUAGAAGAUCCGCCGGUACCAUUAAGAGAUACAAAGUCGGUGUGUUUAGAUACAAUAUCCGAAUACUCGGAUACAAGAUCAGUCUACUCGGAAGUUCCCACAAAGAUGGUCUCUGCCCUUAGGAAAAGCGGUGACAUUGGAAAACUGAGAAGAAGCCCGAGCACAGGAUCGCCAAAGUUGAGAUCGACUGGAACGUCGCCAAUAAAAGGAAGAACAUCACCGAAAGCAUCGCCAUUGAAUCCAUUCGGAAGAAGCAGCAGCAGCAACAGUAGCAGGAAAGAUACUCGCUUGCCUUUGAGUCCAAUGAGCCCGAUGAGCCCAGGAAGAAGACUCAGACAACCUUACGGACAUGCUUCUGACUCCGAGCUCACGUAGCCUUUCCAUUGAAUCCGGUCGGACCAUUCUUUUCUUUUCUUUUUUGGGUAAGAAGCCAAAGCAGAAGCAUAGUUUCAGACAACAACAACAACAAAACAAAAAAAGAAAAGAAAGAAGAGAAGAGGUAGGGAUACUUAGUUCCACAAGACCCCAUUUUGUGUCAUCUUUUGCUUUCUUCUUCUUCUUCUCUUGUGUCAUGCGUCUGUAAAUUGUCACUCUUUAGAAUCUUUUUUCGGAAUUUGGCUAUCAAAGUUUGUUUUUUUUGGUAGCUUUUGCAAGUUUUUUUGGGUAACUCUGAAGAGUUCUGUUUUGUUUAUUUUUCAGUCGGAAAAAUUUGUCGAUGGGGAGAAAUGAAUUACAGAUUGUCUCUC